AUGCUCUCCCUAUACAAGCUACUCACUCUCUGCACGCUGGCGCUCGCCCUUUUCGCCUCGGUCAUCGCCGCCGAGGGUGUCGCCUCCAACAAGCGCGUCGAAAUCACCUUUGAGCGCCGCGACGUCACCGAAGUCUUUGCGCGCCCCGGCGCCGCAGUCGGCAAGCCGGACGCCGCUCCCGCCGCCGACGCCGCUACUGCCACCCCCGCUGCUGCUCCUUCCAACGACAUCGUGGCCGACGAGGACGAUGAGGAGUGGGGUCAGGACAGCUUCGACGAUGACGACGAGGACUUCACCAUCAUUUCGCAGUUUGCCGCCCUCGAGAAGCGUGGCAAGAGGCGCUACUCGGGCAAGGGUACCUACUUCUACCCGGGUCUCGGCAACUGCGGCGGCUGGUCCGGCAACAACGACCUGAUGGUCGCCGUCCCGACGUCGAUGUACGGCGGCGGCAAGCACUGCAACAAGUGGAUGCGCAUCUGCAGCAGCGGCAAGUGCGUAAACGCCCAGGUCAAGGACUCGUGCCCGAGCUGCUCGUGGGGGUCGCUCGACCUCUCGCCGCGCGCCUUCAAGGCCCUCGCGCCGCUCUCGCGUGGCGUCAUCAGCGUCACCUGGAACUACCUCUAG